CAGUGAGUCAGAAACUCAGUUAUCAAACUUGAAUACCACUUUUAAUCGGAGGACUUCACGUAGGAACGGCCAAUCGGCUCGGCACAUUUCAUACAAAAAUCUGACUAAAGUUGUGGUGAGUGUCCAACAUUGCCAUUGUUCAUCUCGUCAUGGGCCGAUUGUUAUCUUCAUUUUAUUGUCUAAAUGUAUAAUUUUACUUCCAAAUAUAAAAUGACUUGUAAGACUUUAUAACAGUUAAGGAAUAUUAUAAAUUGAAUCAACUCAAUAGUCAAUAUUUUUUAAAGUCAAAAAUGAUAUGAAAUAUUGAACUUAAUUUUAUAACGACACCUGCUUGUCAAAUUUCAACCUUUUUUCAGCAGCCACGGAGAGUUCCAACUCAUAGACCACCAGUGACAAAAAACAAGCACUCUGUACCUGACACAGCUCGUUAUCGUUCAAGGUCAACCUCCCCUGGCUUGAAGCCCAAAACACAAGGUCAAGCUAUUAAAAUUUUUUAAUUUUCUCCCUAAUUUCAUUCAAAUCUAAGUAAACUGCAAUCUUUUUUAUUGGAGAAUUAUUGAUUUUAAUCAAAUGAUCUUUUCUUAUUUUCAGCUGGAAGACGGGACUUUGCUACAUCUCCUAUAACAUUUUUGUUUCCUCAAAGAACAAAAGUGCCAUCAGCAUUACAACAGAAACUUAAGAUGAGCUACUCACUGGCUUCCCAUCGGAAAGCAAGAAAAGCCGCCGACAGUCGGCAGAUAGCAACAUUUCAGCAACGUAUCGCGCACCUCCUCAACCAAGUGGCUAUCAUGAAGAGAGCAAAAAUGUCUGCAGUUGAACUGGAGGAGAAACUUCGUGACACUGUCAAUAAAUUACAAAGUGAACUUGCCUCUGUUACUGGCAGGUUGAAAGCUUCCAAACAACUUGUACAGGUGAGAUGUGUUUGUAGCUUCUGUUUGUUAACUUUGAGAUGUGAUCUGUUUCUCAAAGUUAAGGAAAAGAGUGAAAAAAAGUAUGAAAAUACCUAAAAACGUGAACGCAACAAAACAACGAAUGUUGCGGCAGGAAGCCUUCGUCAGCGAACAAACAGUUAUAACAGAAUUAAAUAAAAAUAGCACUUAAUCAAAAAGGAGUAUCCGAGGGGACAGGAAAAGAAUCGUGGCCUUACUUAAUCCUAUAGAAACAUAUAUUCCAGAUUGUUCACAUUACCACUACGCUAUCGGAUACUGCUUGUUGUUUGUUCUCCGAUGAAAGUUUUCAGCCGAAACGUUCGGUAUUUUAUUGCGUUCUAAGUUGAUCUAAAAUCUCUAAUUUGAAUGUUAUUUUAUAAACUGGCUGGCAUUCAGCAGAUUUAACAGCAAUACAAAGACAUACAGAAUAACUGCGAUUGACAUUCUUAAAAUUGAUUUAUCAAACAGAAACUUCAAGAUGAUAUUGAGAAGAUGCACAAAGAGAAACAUGAGUUAGAACUGGCAGUCUCUAAGAAUGAAAUAAAACCAGAUGCCACGUCUGCUGAAAGUUUGGAGAUUAAGGCCCAGGAGGCCAGACUUAAGGUUUGAUAUGUUGUUUGGUUUAGUCUAGUCCAUUAGGUCCAUUGCCAACCUGCCAUUAGUUCAAGCCAUUAGCUGACAUAGUUGUUUGUUCAAUUGACACUUUGAACAAUAGCUCUUAGUUCAAGCCAUUAGCUGACAUAGUUGUUUGUUCAAUUGAGACUUUGAACAAUAGCUCUUAGUUCAAGCCAUUAGCUGACAUAGUUGUUUGUUCAAUUGACACUUUGAACAAUAGCUCUUAGUUCAAGCCAUUAGCUGACAUAGUUGUUUGUUCAAUUGACACUUUGAACAAGAGCUCUUAGUUCAAGCCAUUAGCUGACAUAGUUGUUUGUUCAAUUGACACUUUGAACAAGAGCUCUAAGUUCAAGCCAUUAGCUGACAUGGUUGUUUGUUCAAUUGACACUUUGAACAAGAGCUCUUAGUUCAAGCCAUUAGCUGACAUAGUUGUUUGUUCAAUUGACACUUUGAACAAGAGCUCUUAGUUCAAGCCAUUAGCUGACAUAGUUGUUUGUUCAAUUGACACUUUGAACAAGAGCUCUUAGUUCAAGCCAUUAGCUGACAUAGUUGUUUGUUCAAUUGACACUUUGAACAAUAGCUCUUAGUUCAAGCCAUUAGCUGACAUAGUUGUUUGUUCAAUUGACACUUUGAACAAUAGCUCUUAGUUCAAGUCAUUAGCUGACAUAGUUGUUUGUUCAAUUGACACUUUGAACAAUAGCUCUUAGUUCAAGCCAUAAGUUGACAUAGUUGUUUGUUCAAUUGACACUUUGAACAAUAGCUCUUAGUUCAAGCCAUUAGCUGACAUAGUUGUUUGUUCAAUUGACACUUUGAACAAGAGCUCUUAGUUCAAGCCAUUAGCUGACAUAGUUGUUUGUUCAAUUGACACUUUGAACAAGAGCUCUAAGUUCAAGCCAUUAGCUGACAUGGUUGUUUGUUCAAUUGACACUUUGAACAAGAGCUCUUAGUUCAAGCCAUUAGCUGACAUAGUUGUUUGUUCAAUUGACACUUUGAACAAGAGCUCUUAGUUCAAGCCAUUAGCUGACAUAGUUGUUUGUUCAAUUGACACUUUGAACAAUAGCUCUUAGUUCAAGCCAUUAGCUGACAUAGUUGUUUGUUCAAUUGACACUUUGAACAAGAGCUCUUAGUUCAAGCCAUUAGCUGACAUAGUUGUUUGUUCAAUUGACACUUUGAACAAUAGCUCUUAGUUCAAGCCAUUAGCUGACAUAGUUGUUUGUUCAAUUGACACUUUGAACAAGAGCUCUUAGUUCAAGCCAUUAGCUGACAUAGUUGUUUGUUCAAUUGAAACUUUGAACAACAGCUCUUAGUUCAAGCCAUUAGCUGACAUAGUUGUUUGUUCAAUUGACACUUUGAACAAGAGCUCUUAGUUCAAGCCAUUAGCUGACAUAGUUGUUUGUUCAAUUGACACUUUGAACAAUAGCUCUUAGUUCAAUUAGCAUCUACAAACUACUAUCAAAAAAUAAAUGAUGGAUUGAAAUUACUUACCAUUUAAAUAGAAACCAUAUUGAUAGCCAGACCAAUAUUUUGUUUUGAGGGAGAAACUCUCAAUUUAAUUUUUUUAAACAAAGUAAUAGAGAGACAAUGAUUGUAAAUAUUUGUUAUUUGUCUAUUUUGUUACCCGCUGUUAUUUGUCUAUUUUGUUACCUGCUUUUAUUUGUUCAUUUUGUUACUCCCUGUUAUUUGUCCAUUUUGUUAGGCCCUGUUAUUUGUCCAUUUUGUUAUUCGCUGUUAUUUGUAAAUUUUGUUACUCCCUGUUAUUUGUCCAUUUUGGUAUUCGCUGUUAUUUGUAAAUUUUGUUACUCCCUGUUAUUUGUCCAUUUUGUUAUUCGCUGUUAUUUGUAAAUUUUGUUACUCCCUGUUAUUUGUCCAUUUUGGUAUUCGCUGUUAUUUGUAAAUUUUGUUACUCCCUGUUAUUUGUCCAUUUUGUUAUUCGCUGUUAUUUGUAAAUUUUGUUACUCCCUGUUAUUUGUCCAUUUUCUUACUCCCUGUUAGUUGGCGGCCACUGAAGCCACUCGUCAGGCAGCUGCUAUAAAAAAUUUGAAGACAGAAAAUGAAAGUUUACAUGAACAAGUCCGUUCAAUGCAGGACAGGUAAUGUGUAGUUCUUUGUACCAAAUUAUCACAGGUAAUGUGUAGUUUUUGUACCAAAUUAUCACAGGUAAUGUGUUGUUCUUUGUACCAAAUUAUCACAGGUAAUGUGUAGUUCUUUGUACCAAAUUAUCACAGGUAAUGUGUAGUUCUUUGUACCAAAAUCACAGGUAAUGUGUAGUUCUUUGUACCAAAUUAUCACAGGUAAUGUGUAGUUUAUUGUAUUAAAUUAUCAUUUAAUUUAGUGUAAUGUGACCAAUCUUGAAUAUUUUUCUCUAUAGAAUUAAGUAAGGCUACUAAUGCUUCUACUCCCAUCCCUAGGGUUAAGUAAUUCAAUCAACAGUUCUAUUCCUCUAUCCCCACCUGUAGGGUUAAGUAGGUCUAUUAAUCCUUCUAUCCAUACCUGUAGGAUGAACCACCUGGAGAGAGAUGUCAACCAAAAGAGAAUUCUCCUGGAGAGUCAGAAGUUGAAACUCAAACAGUUUCAGGAAAUCAACAAGACAGAGGCAGACAAUUUGGUCAGACAUUUCAUCAGAUUUAAAAACUUAAUUAGUGCUUUUAAAAAGUCACUUGAUUCUACAAGAUAUUAAACAAAGAUUAUUUCUUGAUAUCUAUAGGAUAUAAAACAAAGAUAAUUUCUUGAUAUCUAUAAGAUAUAAAACAAAGAUAAUUUCUUGAUAUCUAUAAAAUAUAGAACAGAGAUAGUCACUUGAUUAUAUAAUACAUCAAACAAAGAUAAUUUUUCAUAUGAAUUUCAAUUUCAAACAUGAAAUAAGAGAAUAGCCAUUAAGCCAUCACCUAUUAUGUGUGUCUAUCUACAUCCAAUGUAAUUCUUCAGAAAACUUUUACGUAUAAAUCCAAUUAAAAUGAAUUCUUUAUUCAAAACUUAUAAGAAUAAAAAUAAUAUUUGGAGACAACUUGUCCAUUAUUUAAACCUGGCACAAUCUUUGUAAUGUAAAAAUUAUAUUUUUCUUGGACUUUAAUGGCCUUUAGCUUUUUCUUUUCUCUUUCUCUGAGUUUGAGUCAAAUCUUAAUGUAUUGAUAAUGUGUUUAGAUAACAUAUUAAAGUAAUUAUAAUUCAAAUAAAAAAAAAAUAUGGAUGCCAAUCAUAGAUAAGAUUUAUUAAAGGCUUUUUCAAAUGUUCCAUGUCAAAUUUUUCUAUGUUUAGAAUCUGCUCUAUUUUGAUAAAAUGUUCUAUAUUUAUAAAAAGUUCUAUGGGAAACGUUUUUUUUUUGUUUGAUCAUUAUUUUUUUCUUUAGGAAGAGCUUGAGACAAAAAUGAAACUGUUGACAGAUGCCAACAACAAGAUGAAGGUGCAGGUAAAUUGGUGAAAACAAAUUUAUUUAUAGUUACUAAAUGUGAUGUACACAUUUAAACUUUGUUUAUAGCAGUGGUUCUAAAAUUGGUCUAGAGUUUUGUAGCUGGAGAUCGAGACUUUGCUGAUACGUUUUAGGAGUCAUUGAAGGGGGAAAUUAGUGGCCACACACACUGAGCACCAAAAUAUUAAUGGCUGCACACACUGAAGAGCACCACAAAAUUAAUGUUGCAAACACUGAGCACCAUACAAUUACUUAAACAUUCUUUUUAAAAUUUACUUAAAAAGUCAUGAAACUUUUGUACAAAUUAGAUUUCUAAUGGUGACAGAGUUGUCAGUAGUUAUAUCAAAACUGAUGGUAUGAUUAAAAUAUGUUUUCUCUCCACAAUAAAGAUGCACAAUUUGAUGUAUAGACCUGUGUAAUACUGUUAUUGGAAGAAAUAUUUCAUAACAGGAUUUUGCAAGAAAUUUUUGUGCAACAUUUACCAUACAGAUAAUUUUUUGUUUUUGAAAACCCCAGGUAUUUUUUUUAUCCCGAACUUCUGGUGGAAUUUCUUUUUCACAUACAAACUGGUAGAGGCGAAAUAAAUUUUGUGAACAAUAUGAUUUGGAAAAAUAACAUACACAUGAACUUGCAUACUUUAUGACACAAUUAUUUUAAAUACAUCAACUUGAGGCAUGUGUGUUUGAGGGACAGGUUAAGUCCAUCUAGUGAUAUCUCAGGUUUUUAUCCUAACUUCAGGUAGACUCACUUAGGAAAAGACUAGGUCUUGUGGUCAAGGAAAAAAAAGGGUAUGAGGACAAAUUUCUGAAAGUAUCCUUGGACCUUGAGGAUAAGGUAAAUAUUAGUGAAGUAAGAUGAAGAACCAAAGGAAUUUUUUGGAAAAAAAAUGCAACAGUAAUUUUAUAAUUUUUUCAUGAGAUUAUCAUUAUUCUUACUAGAGUAAAAGGUUUUAAAAGCUAUACAUCUGAUUAAAGGGAUUAAGAAAAAAAAAUUAAAAAAGACUUUUCAAUAUUAACAGUAAUAAAAAGACACUAAAUGAUUUGAACAAUUGCUGGAUUCCUAUAACAAAACAAAAAACAAUGAAAAAGAAAUUUCAAAGACUUAUGGUGUCAGAAGCGGUCAAAACAAUUGAAGUUUUAAUUUGAUAUUAUUUGAUAUUGUUUAUAGUGUCUUGUCUUAUCAUUCAAUCCUUAACAAUUUCAAAUAUUUCAUACCAACAUCUUGAAGGCUAUCUCUCAUGUUAUUCUUCAGACUAAGCAGCUGUUUGAGGUGACAUCCCACCGCAUGGCUCUAGAAAGUGCCCUGUCUGACCUUGAGUCCUCUGCCCAACAACAGCUUCAUGGCCUGGCGUCCCAGUCAGAGGCAGCCAUUGACACCGCUAGGGAGAAGUUGACAGUAGCCCAAACCAGACUUUUACAGUUUCAUUCUGCCAUAAAGGUAGUCAUUGCUACUUAUUAUUAUAUAUACAUAUUUUUUGUAAUUUUCUUUAAUAUAAAAUGUAUACAAUUUUUGUGAUUUGACUUAGUUUUUUUUUCAUUUAACCUAUAAAAGCUUUCGAAAGUUAAAAAAGAAAUCUGGCAUUUACUAUUAUCGAUUUUUAAUGUUGUGAAUGACUUAACGUUGCAUGUUUCAUUGGUAAAGAAUUCAGUUUCGUAGACUUUAUUUCAUUUUAACUUUUACUUGAUAAAUCAUAUUACCUUUGUCACUGCAGAAAUCUUAGCCACAUUGCUUAAAUCUACAAAUUUUUUCAACAAAGUAUGGAAAUUUGACAGCCUCCUUUUGGUAAUUUCAGAUCCUAGCUACAGAACUUGUUAACCGAACUGAAAGAGCUCGGUCAAAAUUAAAAGAGGCCAUAAUGGCCCAGGAAAGACGUCAGCGAGACGAUGACCCAUCUCUUCAGAAAGCACAGGAUAAAGCUAAAGAUAUUUUGAACCUGAGCCAGUCGGAUCUUGAUGACAUCAUGAGUGCAGAUGGCGAU